GGAACAAUUGUAUUCCCGGAACUAUUAAGUCUACCCGGUUUUAUUUUGGGUGACAACUCUGACCAUUCGGACGGUUAUGGCGGUUCCUGGCCCGAAUAAGGACAGUAUCCGAGCUGGAUGCAAGAAAUGCGGAUAUCCUGGCCACUUGACCUUUGAGUGCCGAAACUUUGUGAGAGUUGACCCCCAGAAAGACAUAGUUCUGGAUGUAAGUAGCACCAGCACUGAGGAAAGUGAAGAGGAAGUCCUUGGUAGAAGCGGGCAAAGUCGUAGAGACUCUCCUGCUGAUGACCAUAGAAAAGAGAGGCAGAAGCAGAAGAGGAACAAAGAAAGAAAAUCAAGAAAGAGAUAUUCCUCACCAUCAAGUGAUGAAGAAGCUACCAGGAAAAAAAAGAAACGCAGCAGGUCCCUCUCCGGGUCUGAUGAUGAGAGGCGCGGAAAGAAAAAGAAACUGAAAAGUCACAAGAAGAAAAGUAAGAAGAACAAACGGGAGCAUGGGAAGCAUAAAAAGAGACAAAGGAAGAAGAAACGGGAAAGCUCCUCCAGCUCAAGUGAAUCAGACAGUGACUGAACUGUGUCCAGGGGUCCAGUUUUUUAUUUUUUUCCAUUCCAUGACAUUUUCUUGACAAAACUCAAAAAGUAGUUUGUUAAAAUUAACUGUUCCUCGGUGGUGGGAAGUAGAAGUGUGUGAGCUACAAGGAAAUAGUAGCAGCCUUUCUACACUUUUAUUUUUGGAAACAUUGUGGGUUAUUUUGGAAAGAUGUAUAAAGCAUAAAAGAAUCUGCUGAAAACUGAUAGCGGUUCUUCUCUGGACAUUUGCAUGCAAUGGGGCUCAAUUUACUUUUAACUGUAGGUUUUUAAGACAAAUACCAAACAAGGUUAUCUGAUGGGUAGAAAUCAUGAGUACAUUUUACCAUUGGUUGUACCUUACCUCAAUAGUACCUUUCUACUGUAAUUCUUUGUCAUCACAACCAUUUGAUGAAUAACUUUGAUGUUCAGGUCACAUCUCUGAUGGACUAUCUUUUGUCACUUGUUAGUAACUUAUGGGUGUUUGAAAGGCAAUUGAACCGAGAAAAAUAAAUAUACAUGCAUCCCUGCUUUUUGU